UGCUGCGCCCACAGCGACUUGCCUGCCGUCCACAACGAUGGGCUUCCGGGACUACGUAGCAGCGGUGCUUGCCUUCAAAACAAUUCCGGUGAUGGUUGUUACUGUUGUCGUUUAUGCUGCGAUCUAUCUCUCCAUAGCCAUUCUUGAUGAUCUACCGUCUGUUCCGUCGGCGAGAAACCAACUUGGAUUGAAUGUUGAUCAGGCGUAUGCUGAUCUGCAUAAAAUUGCCGGACUUCCUCACCCGUACAACUCACACCAAAACGACGUCGUACGGGAAUAUAUUCUCGAUCGCGUACAAGACAUAGCCUCCCACUCAUCCUUCGUCACAAUCGACGACGACCUCACGUCCAACGUAACGUUCGGACAAACAUGGGGAUCUGACGGUGGACUAGCAGCGUACUUCGAAGGGUCGAACAUUCUUGUGAAGGUAAAUGGGAGACUACCGCAAUUGGAUGGAGUUUUGUUUUCAGCGCAUUUUGAUUCGGUGUCGACUGCGCCGGGGGCGACGGAUGAUGGGAUGGGAGUGGCUACGUUGAUUGCGCUUGUGGAGCAUUUCUCGAAGAAAGGGAAUCAGCCGAAGAGGACGGUUGUGUUUAAUAUUAAUAAUGCGGAGGAGGAUGGGUUGUAUGGAGCGCAUGCCUUCCUUGAGCAUCCUUGGUUUAACCUUACUGGUGACUUCGUGAACCUCGAAGGUGCAGGUGCCGGCGGCCGGCCCCUACUACUCCGGACAACAUCCACCCGACUCGCAAAAUCCUGGAAGCACGUCGCUCAUCCGCAUGGUGUUGUCAUAAGCGCAGACGCGUUUAACCGUGGUCUCGUACGGAGUGGAACUGAUUACACCGUAUACACUGCGGCAGGGCAUGGAGGCAUUGACUUUGCAUUCUACCGGCAACGUAGUAAAUAUCAUACGAAGGAGGAUGCUAUCCCUUCACUUGGAGGAAAAGCUGCAUUGUGGAAUAUGAUGGAGUCAACUCUACUUGCUAGUCUUGCACUUGUAAACGAUGCGAAUAGCGAUAUAGGGUCAAAGAACUCGCCAGUUUAUUUUGACUUGUUCGGAGAAGCGUUUGUCACCGCAUCACUCAAGACAUUCUACAUCUUAAACAUAGUCAUGCUCGUAGUCGGACCUUUGCUAGUAGGAUCGUUAGUUUUCACUGUGUACAAGAUGAAGAAACUGUAUUGGUCGCCAAGGGGCUGGGGACGUACCCUUAUUUCUAUUAUUAUUGGUGGCGGCCUGUCAAUCGGACUUGGAAUGAUCUACGUACGCGUAAAUCCUUUUAUCGCCUACUCCUCUGCUACAGCUGUGUUCAUCUCGACUCUUUCACUAAGUCUUCUCUCGGCUUAUGUCGUUUUGGAGAUAUUCGCGUAUUUCCUUCCGGUUCCGCAACAGAAGUCGAUGGCGUUGGUCGAAUGCUAUAUUUUCUGGUGGAUUCUCCUUGUGGUGGCUACCGUGCUUGUUGAUAAAAGGCGUAUUGCGGGCAUGUACUUCGUGACGUUCUUCCAUGCGAGCACGUUAGCUGCGCUAUUACUUGGCUUCAUCGAACACUUUACAUUACCAAGUGCGCAGGAAGGCAGUAGUCGAAAUGCUACAGCUGCAGUUAACGACGACGAUGAUGGGAAUGAUGGAGCUGAACCCGAGGAGUCGACUGAACGUACGCCAUUGCUAGGCGAAAAUGGUCUGGCGAUCAGGAAAAGCGAGAUUGAUGAAGAUAACGUUAUUGGAUUAUGGUUCUUGCAGUACUUGCUUGCUGUGCCCUUCCCUGUCAUCUUGAUCACGCAGCUCGGUGUUAUGUUGAUGAACGCGCUCCCUCAGACGUUAGCGGAUGGUAGUCCGGCAAAGACGAUCUACCUCAGUAUCUCGAUCAUCUCGAUAUUGAGCUUCGUCCCCCUCCUUCCUUUCGUACACAAACUACAUCGGACGAUACCCUAUGCACUUGUCGUCGUGCUGAUAGUCACCAUCCUAUACAACGUCUUCGCGUUCCCCUUCUCCGAAAACUCCCCCUUCAAAAUCUUCUUCCAACAAACUAUCGAUCUGGAAUCGGGAGAGAACACAGUUCGGUUGAGUGGUAUGGAACCUUGGUUGUCGAGAUGGAUUGUUCCUGAGGUACCUUCUUCGUGGGGCUCAACAACAGCUGAUACGUGUGGACAUAAAGAUGAUUUGAGGUAUGGGAUGCCAUCGUGUAGGUGGUCUGGUCUCGAACCGCAUGUAGCGACGAAAUCGCCCGAGAAAUGGAUUACGGUGAAGACGAAUGGAACUGCACCGGGGAUGGGAACGAUCUCUAUCUCGGGACUCGAAACACGCAAUUGUCGGGUGUAUUUCGAUAAACCUGUCACUACUGUGAGCGUCCAAGGGUCUUCGGGAACUGUACAGGAAGAGUUCCCAUUACCCGAAGAUGGGAUACGGGAAUUAAGGCUCUGGAGUAGGACAUGGGGGAGGACGUUUGAAGUAAGCGUCGCUUGGAACGUCGACGCUGAGGAUGCCGACGGUGACAGUGAUAGUGAAGAAGAAGAGAGAAAUGCGGACGCACAGGCGUUGACAGGACGCGUAGCGUGUGAGUGGGCUGAGAGCGCUGGGAUACCCGCACUUGAAGAGGUGGUGAGUUUCUUACCGAAGUGGGCGGGGGUGACGAAGAGGACGGAUGGGUUGCUCGAAGGGUAUAAGACGUUUAGGUUGAGUUGAAUUGGGUUGAGUUGUGAUAAUAAUAAAUUUGAUUGGACGAUGUGACCAGGUUUUCUUGGUUAAGUACCCUUUUCUCGCUUUUCAGUCUGCACAAAAGAAUCGUAAGUAACUAUGCAUGUCCAUUUUUUUUUACAUGUUUCAUCCUUGCACAAACGUGUACUUACUUCAAUUCUCAUAACAUUUUUUCACCCUUUUUUAAAUGAUGUAAUGUAA